AUGACGAACACAAACAAUGUGGCAGCAAGGGCUGUGGAGAAACUGAAACAUCACGAAAGAAUGACAAAUGAUAGAGGCAGGAACAUUUUUUCAAAAAUCAGUGGUUGGUUUUUCCCUGAUACAUCUAAGAAUGAAGACCCUGAAGAUUUGGAGUCCAGAUUUACAGCAUAUUUUAAAAAUAUUAACACAGGAAAUAAAAUCAUUUCUCGGGAAACGAUCAAUUCAAUUGAGUUACAUCUGAGAGAAGGAAACAUUCAGAAGGCAAACUCUGUAAUCAGUGCUGCUUUAAAAAAUAUUAACAAUGCCCCCAUAAAUAUUGCUGUGACUGGAGAGUCUGGAGCAGGGAAGUCCAGUUUCAUCAAUGCCCUGAUGGGACUUGGACCUGAAGACGAAGGUGCAGCUGAAGUUGGGGUGGUAGCGACAACUAUUAGUAGAAUUCCAUAUAAACACCCCAAAAUUCAAACUUUGACUUUAUGGGACCUGCCUGGCAUUGGAAUUAUGAACUUUCCACCAAAAGUUUAUCUGGAGAAAGUGAACUUCCAAGACUAUGAUUUUUUCAUCAUUCUUAGCGCCACACGUUUUACAAAACUUGAUCUAGACCUUGCAAAAGCAGUCAGAUUUAUGAAAAAGAAAUUCUACUUUGUGAGAACCAAGGUGGACUCUGAUUUAUACAAUGAGAAGAAAUGCAAACCACACACAUUUGACAGAGAAAAGACCUUGGAGCAGAUCAGAAGCUACUGUGUGAAUACCUUCAGACAGUAUAAAAUGGAUGCAACACGGAUUUUCUUGAUUUCUAACCACGACUUAUCUGACUAUGAUUUUCCAGUUCUGAUGGACACCCUGAUAGAGGAGUUUCCUAAUCAAAAGCACCAUAAUUUUAUGCUCUCCUUGCCUAGUAUUACAGAGGCAGUCAUUGACAGAAAGCACAAGUCUAUGGAGCAACAAAUCUGGUUGGAAGCCUGCAAGGCUGGAUUCUGCGCUACUCCUCCAACAGUGGGCAUCCUCAGGGAUGAUGUGGAGGAGUUGAAGGUGAAGUUAAACUGCUACCGAGUCGACUUUGGAGUGGAUGAUGCAUCCCUGGAAGCCACGGCUAAAGAUUCUCAAGUGCCUGUUGAACAACUGAAAAAACUCAUUAAAUCCCCAUAUUUGUUGGAAACUGAGAAAGAAACGACAUUAAGAGAAAUGUUAUUGAAAUAUUUGGAGAAUUUGGAAAAAUUUGCCUCAGCUACUGGUGGGUUCCUUGGUACAGGUCUUUUCUUUAGGAAAACCUAUUACUUGCAAUUUCUGUUCCUUCAUACAGUGGCUGAAGAUGCCAAAGUUAUCCUGAGAGAGAUAAAUUUAAGAAAGUAGUUUAAACUCACCUCACCACAGCUACACACCGUGACAAAAGCAAAUGGUCACUAUCAGGAGUCAUUAAGUGAAUUCCUCCUUCUGACAUAUUUUCUUUACCCUGGUAAAUCCACAAUCACCAUGGAGAAAUCUAAAGACUCAUGCUCUUAAGAUCUGACAACCUCAAUUUCACUUCGCCUCUACCUUCUUCUCUGUCUUUCAACUCCACCUGUCGUGGAAUAUUAUUUUAACUGGGAAAAGAUGUGUUACAUUUCUUUAUGCUGCAGACUAUUACUUUAACUUUGUAAAAAAAAAAAGCUGGUACAAAGUGGGACCAGUAUUUUCAUGUAGGGCCUAAGAAAACUGAGAAAAAAAAAGUAAAAAAUAAUGAAGCCCUAUGCCAAGUAAAAACAAUCAAAGUUAGGACCAGCAUUCAAAGCUCUCUCUGUAAUGAAUUGAGAGCCCAAAAGAAAGAAAGCCUAGUAUAUCCACCUAUAAAUUUGAAUCACAUGCACACACAUGCACACAUUUAUGAAUGGACACAUGCAACACCCAAAAUACACAAGCACAAACAAAAGAUAUGAAUAAGUGCAAUGUAGCUAAUUCCUCCUAAUCAACUAAUCAAAAUAUUCUAAUGGAAACUCAGAAAUUUGGAGGCACUUGCCAUGCAUGUAUGAGGACCAGAACCCAUAUAAAUGUUCAUUCAGUGAGUAUGGCAGUUGCCUUGUACUUCCACACUCAGAAGGCAGAAACAGUGCAAUCAUGGAGCAGGUUGGCUUGCUGGACUGUGUAGAUCUACAAGCUUGGGAUUCAUUUGAGAGAACCUGCUUAGGUGACAAAAGUAGAAAGUAACUGAGGAGAAGACCCAACGUUAGCCUGAAAUGUCCCCACACAGGUAACCAUGCACACCCCACACAGGGACACAUCUUAAAUGUAAAAUAAAAUAAGAUUCAGGAAGUAAAUAAAAUCACAAAUCUUAGAAAGUAUGGAAACAUAAAAGUUUCAUGAAGCUCCUCAAGGUUAAGAAGUAAUCCAUACAUUGUCCAAAGCUUCUAAAUAAAUUCUGUGCUUGGUCUGUACCUCAGUGGUUGACAAGGAGGAGUUAAGUCCUUGGUUCCAUUCCCAGUACCACACAAAUACAUUCUGUAUACCAUUUGUCUUCUGAUUAUUUCACCAUGGAAGAAAAGGCUGAAGAAUAUGUUACUAUUUUCACAGCUUGAUUCUCCUCUCUCUGCUCUGAGAGUUCAGGCAUCAAGGGGCUCCUGAUUGGUUUAAACCAAAUUGUGAUGUCAGUGAGAGUUUCUCCUUAAAGAUCACAAAUUAACGUCAUCCCCCAAAUGCCUUCAGUGACCAUAGUAGAUGAUGACUGUGGGACCUAUCACUGUUUCUAGCACAACUUUGACCUAUCAUUAUAGGGAAUUUCUUUUAACAUUGGGAAAAUAAAUCACAAGUCUCUGGCUAUUAGAAUUGAUGACAACAAAAUAAUCUUGAGUCUAGUAUAAUAAAAGGUAAACAUUAAUGCUUACAUAUUAAUAAUUAAAAUGUGUAUAGACUUUCUUGCUUGCUUGUUAAAAAAAUAAGUAAUCUGUACAUUGUCUUAGUUUGUAUCUCUGUUGACGGGAUUAAACACUAACUAUCAUGAAAGAAAGCUCUGUGAGGUGAUUUCUGAGUGUUUAUGAUAAAACUCCAGGACAAAGACAAAACCCACCUGGCUAAAGCCUCAUAAAAAUUUAAUAUUUACACACAAGUGUCUUGUAACUUCGGUUCCUUCGUAACAUGAAUUUAUUCCUCGAAUGUGCUGUCGUGUCCCUCUUGAGGUGGAUUAAACAGGAGUGGGUUUUAUUGUAGAUUACCCGUCAUCUUACCACUAGUAUUCAGGAUGAUGUUUCCAAACAGAAGUUGUCCUCCUGACUCUGUAUGGUCUAAAUCCAGGUGACCUUGCCUUUGUGAUUGAUCAUAACUUGAACUCAAGUGAGCUUUGCUCACAUGAUCUUGUUUGAUUCAUAAAAAUGCACUCAAAGUAUAAAUUGUCUGAUUACCUGAAUAAAGUUGAUUAUU